CCGCUGCCCGCCCCAAAGAUGGCGGCGGCGCCACGUCACUGCCGCCCCGGCUGCGGGUGACGGUGGCGGCCAUGGCGGCGGCCAUGGCGGCGCGGGGCGCCGAGGCGGAGGCGCUCUUCGAGGCGCACACGGCGGCCGAGCUGCGGGCUGUGGAGCGGCGGCUGCGCGCCGGCAUCGAGCAGAAGCGGGAGGAGCUGCGGCAGAUGGUGGGCGAGCGCUACCGGGACCUCAUCGAGGCGGCCGACACCAUCGCCGAGAUGCGCCUCAGCGCCGAGCGUCUCCUGGGCGCCGUGCGGGGGCUGCAGCGGGGCGGCGCCGGCCGGGCCGGGCCGCCGGCGCCGGCGCCGCAGCCAGCGCAGGAGCGGUUCUACCGCACCGCAGCGCAGAUCAAGCUGCUGCUGGAAAUCCCGGAGAAGGUGUGGAGCGCCAUGGAGGCCUCGCGCUACCUGCACGCCACCCGCCUCUACCUGCUCUGCUGCCACCUCCACGGGCUCCUGCAGCUCGAGCCCAGCGGCUCCCGGUACAGCCCCAUCCUCGCCCGCUUCCCCAUCCUCGUCCGGCAAGUCGCCGCUGCCAGCCACUUCAGAUCCACCAUCCUGCAGGAGAGCAAAUCCCUGCUGAAGUGCCGAGCCGUGUCGGACCAGGCGGUGGCAGAAGCGCUGUGCUCUAUCAUGCUCCUGGAGGACAGCUCUCCGCGCCAGGCCCUGGCUGACUUCCUUUUGGCCAGGAAGUCUGCUAUCCAGCAGCUUCUCAACCAGCCACAUCAUGGCGCAGGUAUAAAAGCUCAAGUGUGUUCACUGAUGGAACUGCUAACCACCACCCUGUACCAGGCCCACGCUCUCUUCUACACGAUGCCCGAAGGGGUCCCCUCAGAUCCAGCCCUGACUUGUGGCUUGCUCUUCUCGACACUGGAGAGCACCACAGGCCAGCACCCCGCAGGGGGAGGUGGGGUUCUGGAGGACGAGGUGAAGCUGAGCAGCUGGUUCAGAUACCUCCCGGCAUCCGUGGUGGAGUUCCAGCCGGCCCUCCGGACCCUGGCACACCCCAUCAGCCAGGACUACCUCAGAGAUACGCUGCAGAAGUGGAUCACCAUGUGUAAUGACGACAUCAAGGCUGGAAUCACCAACCUGUUAGUCUACGUGAAGAGCUUGAAAGGCCUUGCUGGGAUCCGCGAUGCAGUGUGGGAGCUGCUCACAAGCGAGUCUGUGAGCCAGCACUGGGACACUGUGUGCCGUCGCCUUUUGGACAAACCUGCUUCCUUCUGGGAGGACUUACUGCAGCAGCUGUUCCUGGACAGGUUACAGACACUGACUAAAGAAGGAUUUGACUCCAUCUCAAGCAGCUCCAAACAGCUUCUUAUCUUAGCCCUGCAGGAACUUGAAAGCAAGUCCAGCACCUCUGUCCCUAACAAACACAUCCAGUUUGAACACAACGUGGCCUUAUUCCUGUGGUCCGAGAGCUCCAGUGACCUGCCUUCCGAUGCCGCUUGGGUCAACGUGGCAAACCGCAGUCAGUUCACCAAGAGUGGCCUGUCCAUGAAAGCACAGGUGCUCACUCCGUGUGUGCAGAGCUUCUGCUCCGCUCUCGACUCAAAGCUGAAGGCCAAAUUGGAUGACCUUCUGUCGUACCUUCCCUCGGACUCCUCACCUGCCAAGGAGGCAGCUCCCGUGGUGCCGUCUCGCUCUGCCUUUGACCGAUAUGCCGACGCCAGCACCGUGGAGGGGCUGCUCCGCGACCACUGCGUCUCCUGCAUCCACUACGUGCUGGGCUGCGUGCGCGAAGAGCUCCAGAGCGCCCGGAGCCUGCUGGGAGAGCAGGCAGACGCUCCCGGCGAGACCAAACUCAACGCUGUCCUCUUCAUGGCAAGACUCUGCCAGUCCCUCAGCGAGCUGUGCCCUCACCUGAAGCAGUGUAUCCUGGGCCAGUCGGGCAGCACGGAGGCAGCGCUGAAGGAAACGCGCUCCACAAAGAAGCUGGGGAAGGGCAAAGCCCAGGAGGUGAACCCUGUGCAGGCCAAGUGGCAGGAAGUGAAGGCAGAGCUCUUGCAGCAGAGCCUGUUUGCCUACCAGAUCUGGAGCUCAGCUGUCACCAAAGCUCUGGUUCAGGGCUUCACCUGCACAUUGCUGUUAGACACAGCAGGGUCUGUCUUGGCCUCAGCCACCAACUGGGAUGAAAUUGAAAUUCAGGAGGAGACAGAGUCUGGAAACAGUGUGACGUCAAAGAUCCGGCUACCUGUGCAGCCAUCCUGGUACGUUCAGUGCCUCCUCUUCAGUCUGUGCCAAGAGGUGAACCGGGUUGGAGGUCACACUCUUCCAAAAGUCACCUUGCAGGAGCUGCUGAAGACCUGCAUGGCGGAAGUGCUUGCUGCCUAUGAAAAGCUUUCGGGAGAGAAGCAGGAGAAGAAAGAAGGCACCUUCCCCAUGACCCAGAACAGAGCUUUGCAGUUACUUUAUGAUCUGCGGUACCUGAAUAUCAUCUUGACAGCAAAGAGCGAGGAAGCAAAAGCCAGCAGGAUCAAGCAUGACUCUGGGGUUGAGAAGGUGAUUGACUUCCUGGAGGGACACAUAGAUCCGUUUGACUUGGAUGUUUUUACUCCGCACUUAAAUAGCAACCUUAAUCGCCUGGUUCAACGAACCUCAGUUCUCUUCGGCCUGUUGACUGGGACAGAGAACCAAUACACUAGUAGGAGCAGCGCUCUGAGCUCCCAGGAGCUCCAUAAUAUCUUGCCAUUAGCAUCCAGUCAGAUCAGAUUUGGACUUCUGCCACUAAGUAUGUCCAGCUCACGAAAGAGCAAAUCUGCUGCCAGAAACACAGAAAGAGUUCAGUAUGAUGCUGACCUUUAACUCCUGAUGAAGUCUGGCUUGGGUAUUUAAGCCUGUGUGAAUUGAGUGGCUUGCUCCUCCUGCAAACGCUUUGUGUUGUCCAGUGUUUGACUUUUAUUAGCAGACAACUAUCACGUUGCUGCGUGUUUCCCACAGUUUGAAAUAUCCGUUUAGAUGGAGCUCCCCAUGCCGAGGACAGAGAGCCAAGGAAUACCUCACUGUUACAGGAAACAGUAUUUAGCAAUCUGUUUCCUUCAGCCAUUAUUAACCCAAUAUCCAUCUAUGGUGAUGUCCUUUCAACUAGGACAGAAGAGUAAAGGUCUGAUUUUAUCAGAGCAAAGAAUGUUACCUGAGAUGCUAACUUUUACUCUGCAACUCUUGUUCUCCAUUAUUCAGAAGCAUUAAGAUCUAGACAUUGUAUAAAGGUUGUAUAAAAGCCUGAAGCUUUAAAAUGAAGGUAUUCUUUACCUCUUACACCUCAGGCGUAGUAGACUGUAGAAGUGUGUAGUGAUGUCCGUCUCACUCCUACCGCUCCCCUUUCCUGUUGUAGCAGUAGCAAAGGCUGUGGUGAUACAUAUAUUCUGCACUGGCCCCACUUCUCUGAAUUGCUGACAGAUGCUUACUUCUUUUAUGCUAAAAAGGUUCUGGAAAGGUUAAAGUCCACAGUUACUUAAGAACAGCUCUCUAGGCAAGGCUAGAGUUGUACUUUUAGCGUUCUGUUCUUCCCCCUUGCAUUGAGAGCAACAGCCCCUUCCCUCCUGCACUACAGAAUGAUUGUUUUUGAGCAGUGAAUGACAUCUGAGAAGUUAACUGUUGCUAACAACAGCAAGAAGCUGUGCUUGUACCACUCAGAACUGCCGCUGUCCUGCCUGUCACUAACCACCUACUGCAGCAGUAACACAACUUAGGUCAGGCUCAAUGUGCCUGAGAACAGCUGUUCUGCUGUAGUCCAUGCCUCCUUGCAGCUACUGUAAGUGAGGACAUGGAAAAAAUCCAAAGGUAUGCUGUAAUAGCUACUGACUCUCUCUCUCUAAAAAAUAAAAAUACAGGUUCCACCUCCUGCACUCACAAGAACAGAAGAUGAGACAUUCCGCCCUGGCUCUUUGUUCAGGCAGCUUGUAACCGAGGAGGAAGACACAGCUGCACCUUCUCUCUUCAAGCUGGGAUGGCUUUCAGGCAUGACCAAGUGAUUCAAUUAAAAAAAUAAUAAAAAAAGAACAAAACCCA